GCGCGGUAUCUCCAUACACAGUAGCGUGAAAUGGAGCUGCUCCUCUGCAUAGUAGAAGCCAACUCGGCUGCCAAAGCCCUCGCAAACGCUGGCGUGCGGAGCCUGCACGUCGUCCAUGACUGUGGGCAUCUUGUCGAUGCUUGUAACAAGGUAAUCCCGGCUGCACUUUCGGCCCUGGAAUGUGCUGCCAGUGGAUCGGCGGAUGUGGCUGGGCAGGCCGUGGAAUGCGUCCAGGGAUUGACGUCAAACAUGGUCCAGCUUCAAGCAGCUCUUGAGGCCUUGAGCGAGCAUGACAGCGAGGGUUUGCUCGGAGUGCUCAUGGAGCAUCCCUCCGCCUGGCUGGACACGUAUCGGGCAUUCCGCGGCCUGACACAGCAGCUUGUUGCACUUCGUUGCCUUAUCAGGGCCUCCCCACAGCGCUGCAAAAUCGAAAGCGCCGACGAGGCUAUCCAAGCAUCGGUGAAGACCCUGCAGGCAAUCUGUGCGCGCGCACGCGAGGCCGCCAACCUCCUCGGUAGCGACCUACCCGAGUUUGCUCGCGCAGCAGCAGCAGCCGGCUGGUCGCCUGAGCGCUUACGGCAGGCGCUUAGAGUCGCAACAGAGAUGGCCUGCCCUCGCUGCGGCAACGGGUGCCCAGGCAGCUGCGGCCCGCAGCCAUCCACAUCAGCCGCGUCCCCAGACCCCUCGGAAACCUUAGCCCCCCCUACCGCGACCGUAUCCGUACCCACUUCACCGUCAGGCACGCACACGCACCUGCAUCACCACCCGCACCGGAGUCCUGGCGUUGGCACAUGGGCACUGCUUAGGAUCAUUGGCAAGGCCGCUAGCAGUGGCGGGGCCAACCCGGCCACCAAGGCCCGGGGCUCCACCGCCAGCUCCUUUCCCGGUUCGACAUGCGGCGCCUCGCCAACCUACUCCUCUACUGGCCUGGCGGGUUGCGGCUCGCUUGACGACGCCAUUAGCGUGCUCGUAUCGCGGAUCCAAGAGAUCAUUUUGUACGACAGUGAGGUGGACCAGCUGGAGCAGGACCGAGCCUACCUCCAACAUCGAGUCGCUCAUCUGCGGGAGGCUCCUGCUCCGCACGCCGCGGCGGCAGCAGCGCCCGCAGGCUGCACCCAAGCAGCUGCGGCCGCAGCGGCCACAGCGGAGGCAGCACGGUCCGAAGCAGCAGCGACGGAGUCCCUCGUCCAAAGCAAAAUCCUCUUGGCGGCCGUAAAUGCGCGCCUGCAAGCGGUUAACGAAGCGGAGGGCAGCGGUGCUUCUAGCGGCGGCCGCCUCAGCCCAGGUGAAAACCCUGUGCCUAGACCGGGUAACAAGCGGCGAGGGAUGGAAGAGGCGUCGGGGGCGGCAGCCAAAGCUGGCGCUCCCGGGCUCUGCGGCGCGACAUCCCUCCGCCGCGUUGCCGCCAGCUCGAUACGGCUCGCGGCAGCUGAGCAGGACAGUAACGUGUACGAUGAUGUCCGGAAGCGGCGCUCGGGUUUGCGCUGGCUGCCCACCUGUUUUGUCGGAGCGUAAAUGGCUGGUGCAUGCAUGCAUGCUUGGGGCUUUUUGCCUGCUUCCGAACAUGCAGUCCUCGGGUCGAGUCCACAGGGCUAGCAACACUUGGUUAGUAGUCGUGGUCGUGGUUCGCUCGGCAUGGACAUGAGUUUUGGAUCAUGCGCCAUGCUUUUGGGUAUCGCGGGGUUACACAAUAAGCCCCUUGGCCGUUUUUCGUACGCUCGUAUCGCGCGUAUCCUAUACAUAGGCCGUUGCGUGAAAGUGCGGUGAGUUUUGGCUCCACGCCUUUUGGUUUGCAACUGGCAGCUUAAUGAGAGUGUCAACGCAACAGAAUCCCCUCAUGAGGGGAAGCGUCAGCAUGCAACUGCAGCGGUGCUCGCUGGUACGGCAAGUCGUUGUUUGCGAAGUGUGAGAGAGUGACUGAUUGAGAGCGAGCACAGUCGAUACACCUCGAGAAGAAGCGGAAGAUCUACCAUCCCUGUUGGACGGAUUGCGGCCUCCUAAGGCGUUUUGUUUAGCUGUCAAGCCUACACCUUUUGAGGUUUAUUGCACCGUUGUAGGGUAUGGGUCUUCUUAACGUUUUGUGUGGAGUCCCGCUGAAUAGGGGCCAUUUUCCUGACUAAUGAUUAUGGGGGUCGGAAAAUGCGUUUUGCAACUGCUACCAUGAACACUUACUUCGGUACCGCGGCCUAUCUGCUUGUCGUCCAGAGCCGGCUGCGUGUUCCGGCCCUAGACUUUACGUUUAAUGCUAGUCUCAUUACUGGCCAUUUUUUUGCGGAUUGCCCUGAGUGUAUGUACUUGUAGGUUGCAUGAGGGUGGUUGUGAAAGUGGUAACUGGGCUGGCAGGCUGUAAAGGUAGCAGACCUUGGAAAGAAGAGUUGUGUUAAGAACUGUCAUAGACUAUGUCUGAGAGGUGCUUCCUAACUUGUUGCUGCUACAUGCAUGCAGGCAUAUAUUGCUGAUCUGAAUCUGUUGUGGUUUGGGGUGUUGUGUUUGGGGGUUGGGGCGCUUUGCUUGAUUGGGUGUUUGGGAGGAUAGCGGGCUGUGCUUGGAACUGAUGGCCGGGGGUGCGUGUGAUGCGGUUGUCAGGUUGAAGCAGAAGAGAAUCUGUUUUCAUACAAUUAUGCGUAUGGUUUAUAAAAACCUUCGACAUGCAGACUUCUGCAGUUGGGGUCAUGUAACAAGGGCUGUUGGC